GCUAAUCGUUUCAGAUGGGUGAUUUUGCAACACUGUAAUUCUAAAAACGGAACAUUUUAUUAUUAUAUCCUUGGUCUGAGUUUGGUGGUCUGUGUCUUGACUGGGCAAUGUCUGAAUGCCUUUUGCAUUUUUUUAAUUUUCUUUUUACGUUGGAAGUUUAAGACAAGUGAUGGAGACACCAAUGGCUGUUGAGGAUCUACAGAGAAGGAGGAAAGUUGAGUCUAGAGAGAACUUGCACUCUGGAGAGGACUCCAUGGAGGAGGCACAUUCUGUGGAGAGCAGCCUUAUGGCAGCACUAACCCACCAUGAGAGAAGCAUGUACGGUGCCGGAUUUGCGGCUCAAGCACACAUCACUGAGGUAGUAAGCCCCGUGGAGAGGUGUGUGGAAUAUACCUUUGUCCAGGUGCAGGUGAACAUGGACAGUGUGGGGCUGCUCUUUGAGGAGUGCAUCAAGAAGGUGGGCCAUCUAGAAAGUCAAAGGGAUGAAUUGAUACUGGAGCUGUUGCAGCUAGAGCAGCCCAUGCUGCAAGCUACUGUGGCCUUGAGGGGACAGUUGUUAGAGGCACGUAGAGUUCUCACCAGUGUCCAGUUGGAGUUUAUUCAUCUGCAAAUAGAGGUGGGACAAGUGAAGAGUAAGCUAUUUGUCACAGCCAGGGACUGUAUCCAGAGCCAGCUAGCGCUGGCUGCACAGCAGUAUGAGGUGGCCCAGGCUGCAAUCACACAGGAGGAGCACCGGGCCCACAUCCAGAAUCUUACAGAGGAGGUAGCCCAGCUUCAGGAAGCCCAGCACAACCAGCUGAACACCCUAAAGGACCGGGCCAGACAACCAUCUCGUCCCCGGGCUAUGAGCGAUGUCACUCACUGCCGACGAGCAUCCCUGGACCUGCAGAAGCGCCUCAGUGGCAGCAUGAGGAAUCUAGAAGGCUGGUAUGAGCCACGCCUGCUAGCCCUCCUCCGGAGGAGGCAGGCUGGGAAGGAGACCCUGAGAAGGAGCAGGGAUGUGGGCCGAGACCUUAAGGCCAGACUGGGGCCCCUGAAGGAGCAGACCCAGAGGCUGGAGCUGCAGAGAGCUUGUCUAGAGGAGAGGAUUGCUCUGAUGGAGAGGGAGAGGGUGGAGAGAGUGGCACAGUAUAAGGAGACUGUGAACUCGCUUGAGGAGACCAUGAGGAAGCUGAAGUUGGAGCUUUGCAUUCAGAAAAAGGCAAACAGACAAUUGGAAGAAUUGAAGAAGGGACUUUUGAGUGAGCUGAACUAUGACAGGGGCUGUAUUGAAGUGAGCGAAACAACUGCUGAAAGGGAGUCCUAACUUUUCCAUACUUAUCAAUGGAAGUAGAACAAUUGACAAAAUAUCCAGGACCCCUCAGACCAAACAUGUUUUACUGUGUUUGCGAGUAUCCUUGAUGGUGCAUUUAGCCAAUGUCACCUAUUGGUAUACUUAAUCUGCUCUUAGUGCAUCAACAAUGGUGUUAUGACAGUUGACCUCAACUAUGAGAGCAGCCUGUCUUAACUGUACAUUUAAGGUCUACCGUAAAUACAUUUUUAUUAUGAAUACACUUACAAAACAUGGGAAUCCGAUGCAGCAUACAAAGAAAACAGACACAUAGGGAUGAUAUACAUACAGCUUGAAAGCUGAUUGUGGAAAUCUACGAUUCAGAUAUCAUGGGAAUAAAAUCUAUGUACAAUUUCUUAUAAAAUGAAACUGGAAAUUAGUUUAAAUGACUCAUGUUUCUAAGAAUAUGAGCAUAAUUUAACAUGAAAAACAAUAAUUGGGCCCCUACUCAACUGUGGUGCUUGU